UUCCGCGCGCGUUUUCUGUCUCUUCCUUUUCUUCCUUCCAGGCGCCGCUGACGCCGCCAUGGGAGUCGACAUUCGCCACAAUAAGGACCGAAAGGUUCGGCGCAAAGAGCCCAAGAGUCAAGAUAUUUACCUUCGUCUCCUGGUCAAGCUUUACAGAUUUCUUGCUCGACGGACAAAUGCAAAAUUCAACAAAGUGAUCCUCAAACGUCUCUUUAUGAGCCGCACCAAUCGGCCUCCACUGUCCAUAUCCCGCUUGAUCCGAAAGAUGAAACUCCCAGGUCGGGAUAACAAAACUGCUGUGGUGGUGGGUACAGUGACAGAUGAUGUUCGCAUCCAGGAAAUCCCCAAAUUGAAGAUCUGUGCCCUCAGAGUUACCCAGGGAGCUCGGACACGUAUCCUGAAAGCCGGGGGACAGAUAAUGACUUUUGACCAGUUAGCCAUGGCUGCUCCUAAGGGACAAGGAACUGUCUUGCUGUCUGGACCUAGAAAGGCCCGUCAAGUUUAUCGGCAUUUUGGCAAGGCCCCUGGCACCCCACAUAGCCACACCAAACCAUACAUUCAGUCCAAGGGCCGAAAGUUCGAACGGGCUCGUGGUCGUCGGGCCAGUCGAGGCUACAAAAACUAGCAUUCUUUCAGGAGGAGUUUGAUUGUGCAGAUGUAUCACAUUAAAGGCCACAUAUUAAUG